AUGUCUGAGUCAGUUAAUGCAAUGCUCAAAGAUGUUCGAGAUUACUCUGUCAUUGCCCUCUUUAAUUUUAUACAAGUAAAGAUGUUAGAGUGGUUUAAUAACAGGCGGGUUGAAGCUUCUAAAACUAAAACAUUAUUAACGCCAAGUGUGGAAAAAAGUGAGAGGCACAACAAAGCGGGAUUUCUAACGGCCACAAGACUUAAUACUGUUGAGUUCCAAGUGACAGGUGGAGAGGCCACUGCAAUUGUCAACAUUGGAGCGAGGAGUUGCACUUGUCGUGUGUUCGACCUUGAGCAGAUACCAUGCGAGCAUGCAAUAUCAUGUUGUAGAGAAGCAGGAAUAUCUCUCUAUGAUUUAUGCUCAAAAUACUACAGGACAGAAGUUUGGGCUCUUGCGUAUGCUGAGACAAUCUAUCCUGUGCUGGAUACGGCGCAAUGA